AUGUCGACCGAACUACUAUUUCUUUUCGGAACAUUAGCGAUAGUUUUUUAUAUUUGGCAAAAACGGACAUAUUCAUUUUGGUAGCGCCAUGGGAUGAAAUGCAUUCGAUCGCUGCCCGUUCUGGGUAACACCCGCGAGUUUCUAACCGGCCGAGUGCCGUUCUUCGAAAAGAUCCAAAAGUUUCACCAAGCUCCGGGCUUCGAAAAUGAACCAUUCGUUGGUGUGUACAUGGCAUUUCGCCCUGCUCUGGUCAUUCGCGAUCUAGACCUGAUCAAAACGGUGAUGAUCAAGAAGUUCCAAUACUUUAACAACCGCGUACUUCAAACGAACCCGCACAAUGACGCUCUUGGAUUCAACAACCUCUUCUUCGCUCGCAGCCCGGCUUGGAGGGAGUUACGAACCAAGAUCUCUCCGGUCUUUACCACUGGCAAGAUCAAGCAAAUGUAUCCCCUGAUGGUGAAGAUUGGAAAAAACCUUGAGGAUAGUGCUGAACGUCUUGGCAGCGGUUCAAACAUCCAGGUUAAGGAUCUGUGCGCUCGCUUUACCACUGACCUGAUAGCCACUAUUGCCUUUGGUCUAGAGGCCAAUGCUUUGCAGAAUGCCAGGAGCGAAUUCUUCUACCACAAUAAGGCUAUUUUCUCGUUGACCUUGGGUCGAGCAAUUGACUUUGCCAUCAUUUUCAUGCUUCCGGCAUUGGCGCCGCUGGCGCGUGUGAAGCUUUUUUCAAAGGAAACAACGAAGUUCAUCCGGAGCAGCAUUAACUAUGUUCUGACGGAGCGCGAGAGAACCGGCCAAAAGAGGAAUGAUCUUGUCGAUAUCCUUCUAGCUAUAAAGCGGGAGGCUGCCGCGGAUUCCGAGGAGUCGUCGAAGACUAUUGAUCUGGACUACUUGGCGGCCCAGGCGGCCAUUUUCCAGACAGCCGGCUUCGAAACCAGCUCUUCUACAAUGACUCUGGCGCUUUACGAGUUGCCCAGGAACGAUAAACUGCAGCAACGCCUGCGGCAGGAAAUCUCCGGCUUCUUUGGGGACGAGGACCAUGUCAGCUACGAGCGUAUUCAGGAAAUGCCCUACCUGUCUCAGGUCGUUAACGAGACACUCAGGAAAUAUCCAAUCGUGGGGUACAUAGAACGAGAAUGCUCUCAGCCGGAUGAAGGUGAACGGUUCAGCCUUGAUCCUUACCACAACAUGGUUCUACCGCACGGAAUGUCCAUUUACAUGUCCACUCUGGCCAUCCAUCGGUAUAACUUUAUCAUAACGAACACCGCGUGUCCUGUUGGCUGA